AUGGCUGCUGGCCUGCCACGAGCGCUGGCAGCCCACGCUGGGCACACGGCUGUGCCGGCACCUCGGGGCGCUCAGGAGCAGCUGCGAGUCGGGCCGCGUCGUGGCACUGCAGUGCUCAGGUGGGUUCCCCCUUCUUUGCAUACCUGUGACCUCCACCCCUCGUGCCCACUGAGCUCCGGCCCUGCCACAGCCUGCGGGCAGCGCCCGGCACCCGGGGGCCGCGUGGUGGGGGGCAUGGAUGCUGCCCCCGGGCGCUGGCCCUGGCAGGUGAGCAUCCGCCACGGCUCCCAGCACCGCUGCGGUGGCUCCGUGCUGGCACCGCGCUGGAUCGUCACCGCCGCCCAUUGCGUGCACAGCUACCGGUGGCAGAGAGCAUCGGGCUGGACGGUGCAUGCUGGUGUCGCCCAUGGCUCGGCCACGCAGGAGGCCAGGGUGCCGGUGGAGAGAAUUAUUUCUCAUCCGCUGUACAACGAUAACAGCAUGGACUACGACAUCGCUCUGAUGAAGCUGCGAGUUCCCUUGAAUUUCUCAGACGCCAUUGGAGCUCUGUGCCUGCUGCCCUCCCACCAGGACCUGCUCCCAGGCACGCCGUGCUGGGUCUCGGGCUGGGGCUACACCAGGCCUGACCAAGCACAGCUCACCGAGACGCUGAAGGAAGCCCUGGUGCCGUUGAUCAGCACCCAGAGGUGCAACAGCUCGUGUAUGUAUGCAGGAGAGCUCACGGCCAGGAUGCUGUGCGCCGGGUACCAGCAGGGGAAGAUCGAUACCUGCCAGGGUGACAGCGGGGGCGCCCUGGUGUGCCAGGAUGAGCUGGCGUGGCGCCUGGUGGGCAUCGUCAGCUGGGGCCGGGGCUGUGCUGAGCCAAACCGCCCGGGGGUUUACACCAACGUGCCUCAGCUUCUGCCCUGGAUUUAUGGCGUCACUGAGAUCUACUAGAAGCAAGGGGAAACCUCCCGCAUCAACGCACGGCCCAUUGCACGUCUGAGUGAAGAAAAGCCCAGGGCUAAUUCCCACUGUUCCUAUGACCCCCAAAGGAACGGCCCCAGGCACCAGCAGAACACGAGGCCGGUGUAAACAGUUUAUUAAAGAAAAUAGCAAAUUGCAUUUCUGUGAACGAUGCCCACGGGAGAAGCGGCGUUUGGUUUUUUGCUGAGUGCUGUGUGUGAAAGGACAAGGACGCCCCAGGAGAUGAGUGGUGUGGGAACGUUGUGAGCCCUUGGCUGCGAGAGGGGAAGGGGGGAAAUAAUACACAAGACAAAAGGAAAAGCUGGAGGUCCAAGUGAUGCCUGCCAUCCCUGCUGCCUUCCUGCAGGCUGGAUGCGGCGUGAGCUGCUGAGUUCUGCACCCAUGGUCAGGAAUGCAAAGAGAAUUCAGAUCAAAGCCCAAAUGAAAAGGAUCCACUGGUAUUAAAAUAUUCAGCUCUCAAGGACUGAAACUUUUGUCUGCAAGCAUUACAUGGUAGGAAAUAGUUUUUGUGCAAAGAGGUACGUUGUGGCCUCGGGGCUGUGGUUCAACAGCAGCUACGGAUGAGUUUUCCAAUUAAAAUAAACACGUAUUUCUCAAAGCCUUCUGCAAAGUAAAGGACAAUGCUGUGAGUGCACACUUAAUUCCCUUCUUGUGUUAUCCACGUUUAUCUCAUUCUUAAAGGACAGAAAAAUUACUACUGCAAAGACAACAGAUGCCAGACCUACUGCUUCAUCAGCAGAAGGGGAAAGGAAGGAGCAGAACUGGCUUUCAUAGCUGGCAGUGAGACUGAAGACAGAAAGUCAGGUUUAAGAUAUUUGCUGUGAGAAAUCAAGCACGAGGAAUUUUGCCACUUGUGCAAAACGCUCUGACCCGGUAAACAGCUGACAAGGAAUGAGGUCUCCUCUUCCCCACCUCCAGUUUCACCCCUUCAAGGUCUGCUCUGCAGGGAAACCUGAGCAGAACAGGUGGGGAAGAGCAGAAUUUGGCACCUGAGCAUUCUUAGGAGACCAAAUGCUACCAUCAACGUGGGUUUCAUCUGUAUUUGCAGGGACAGAUGAGGUAAGAGACAAAGGGGCUGCAUGGCCCCUGCUGUAAAACUGUAGGUAAGAAAGAUUGAUGGGUGAGAAACAGAAAUCCCUCCAUAGGCCCCUGAGGCAAACAAGCUUGAGAUGACGUACAGCACCUGCAUGACAGCCCCACCUGCAGCACUGCUCAUUCUCACUAGGAGAAGCUGGAGAGAGGACUUAUUGCCUACGCUGGGCUUACAGAAAUGCAAGAGGAUGGGAUUUAGCAAACACCACAGAAAGCACCUCUUCUUUAGCAGGACUGCACACCCACCAGCUCAAAGCAAAACCCAGGACCUGUGCAUAAUGCCUCCAGGGAGGAAAUGGCACUUUCAAGCCCAAAUUCCACCUGCCUGGCAGAUGGAGCAGAAGCAGUUAGUGUCCAUGUGCUAUUCACCUUUGAUUUCCUGGUCUGAGACUCACAGAGCCAAACCAUUUGCCCUAAACACAGGGAGGAAAUACAGGAAACCUCUCCCUCAGUCAAGCCCCCAGGAAGCACACACCCAAUGCUAUGCUUUUAUAGUCCAGUACAAGAAAGGUCAAAUCUGAAAGAAAUAGAUCAAAGAUUCAGUUCGCUGUCCUUUAUCAGAAGAUGCAACAUGUAGGAGGUAGCAGAGCUACUUGAUCUUGGCCAGUGCUGCUGCUCUCCUUUCUGUGUUCUGGAACAAGGCUCGGAUCAGACCCUUCACUUCUGCUGGGGAGAACUCAGCUGCAAGAGGUCCCUUCCCAUCUGCCCACCUACAAGGGAGAAAGAGCUUUGGUUAACAAAACUGCAUGGUAACCUCACACUGAAACAAACCUCUGGGGCUUUCACAGAGUCACAACAGUUCUCCAAUUCCUGUGAUGAAUGGUUAAAGCAGAUUGAAACGCAUCAAGCAUUUACAAGCAUGGAACAGUGCUAAGCCUGGAAGCAAAACAAGUUGGUUGCCUAUUAGCUGCACGCAACCUGAGUCCAGAAUUACUUAAUUAGGUAUUUAAAGCAGACUUCUCAGUUGAGCCUGCAGAUACCUACUGAUCUACUAUUUCUUGGAGGUUGGCCUGCAGGAUGAUCAUCAGCUCUUUGAAUGUCAUCCACUUCUGCACGUAGACUGGAACCUCCU